AUGGCGAGCUCGUUUGCCAACAAGCGUCUGAGCAAGGAGCUCAUUAAGAUGCAAGAGCAUGUUCCGCCCGGUAUAUCGAUCGUUAAGUCCGACAGCCUGGAGGAAUGGCAGAUGGACAUUAAAGUCCUCGACGACAACCCGAUUUACAAAGGUCAUACGUUCCGACUGAAGUUCACUUUCAGCAAAAAAUACCCAAUCGAACCUCCCGAGGUUCAAUUCAUCGAGCUACCUGCCACUUCGGACACCCCCCGGCCCAUCCCCAUGCACCCACAUAUCUACAGCAACGGAAUCAUCUGCCUUGACCUCCUCAGCAACUCCGGCUGGUCUCCUGUUCAAACGGUGGAGAGCGUCUGCAUGAGCCUUCAAAGCAUGCUGACGGCCAACACCCGCGAUGAGCGUCCCCCUGGCGACAGCGAGUUUGUUGCCUACAACCGACGCCGUAUCCGGGACAUACCAUUUGUCUACGAGGAUGACAACGUCUAG